AUGCAUCAAACCCCUCAGCACCUGCUAAGUACAUCGUGGACGGUGCAUCGACUCUCGCCCUUGCACCAUAGAAAGGAGUACCACUCUAUUCUCGGCAAUGAGGAUGCGCUGAAGACCUACGCGAAGCGUCUGCAGGACUUGCUCACAGGCGAUGUCCUCCGCGGAGUCCAGGUCGGAUUGAGUGGGACUACUACUCUCUCCGAUGACGCGCUGGUGAAGGCAGGCGCUUUGACGGACUGCCGCUGGGAGACAAUACCGACUUGGUCGUACUGGGAUGAAGAGCGACUUCAUUCGGACGAUCCUUCUGAGCAACGGAAGCCCAUACCGUUGAAAGAAACCAUGGGGAUCUUGGUCACUCUCGAAUAUGAGAAUGUCACCUACAAGGCUGCGCUGCUGGCAGGUCCGGAUGGCUAUUCGGCUAAGAAUCAUGGUGAUGACGAUCGAAAGGAUUCCACCUAUCUACCUCUGCUCCUAACACGGUUGCCCAAUCCUCUAAGACAAACUUUUGUCUCUUUUCUCUCGGUUACCUUUGAUUCGUACUGUUCUGUCCUGCGCUUGCCGUCCAGCUUUCUUUGCGCCACACUCGAAUCCUACAUCGCGUCAUUGGCUGCGGCCGAUGAGGACAGCCAAAGGUCGGGGACGACUUCACGCGUCAUCCUCGAGGCAGUCAUGAAGGAGACGCAAUUGACACUUGCAUUUGCCCCGUCCAUCUCGCCUGCACUGAAGACAUUGGAUGUGCAUCUCCCCCGCCAGACUCUAGCCACUUUCGCCAUUGACGGAUCGAAGAUCACGUCCAGCGGAACAACUGUGGACGACAAGGUCUCCGCACCGUUCCUAACAUCGCUCUCUCACUAUUUCAACAAGCAUCUUGCCAUGAGGCUCGAUCUUAAUCAAUUAUGGGGCCAGCACAAGACCAAACCGGCCGACGAACAUAUUUAUCUGAGCAAGAUCGCCUGUGGCGCCUUUGUUCUCGGCGCCGAGGGAAGAGUCAAAUUUGUUGCGAACCCCGAACAUGUGGCGUCUAUGGAUAGUUCCGCAGGAGAAGACGGCGCAAAUGACCACGAGGAACGGACGAGUCGACUGAUCUUGCGAGCGAAUGAGAACAUCCUCCGCGCUCUGGUGCGCAGGGCAGUCGGUGAGGACCUGCAAGUUCUUCACCAGACUUGA